AUGUUAUUUGAGCGGGCUGCCGAGGCCUUGGCAACGGCGGAGCCCACCAUGCAGAAGGCCGCCUACUACGACAACGCGGGCCUCUUCGGGGCCUACGGCGGCUACAGCAAAGCGGACGCCUACGGCUACCCGCCGGGCCCUCCUCAGCCCUACGCCCAGCCCGCCCUGGACACCGACUACCCAGGCUCGGCCUGCUCGCUCCAAGGAGCCGCCGCCGCCGCCAUCCGGGCGCCUCCGGCCCACAAGAGCGCCGAGCUGAGCAGCAGCUGUAUGCGCCCCGCCGGAGGCGCCCAGGGAGGCCCUCAGCAGCCGCCGGGCCUAGCCGAGCAACAGCAGCAGCAGCAGCAGCAGCAACCGCCGCCUCAGCAACAGGCUCCGCCCCCCGCGCUGCCGUCGCCCUCGCCGCCCAGCAGCAACCCCGCCCACUCGGUUCCCGCCAAAAAGGGCAAAGGCGGAGCCAACGCCUCGGGCGGCUCGGCGGCCACUAUUAGCAAGCAGAUCUUCCCGUGGAUGAAGGAGUCCCGCCAGAACUCCAAGCAGAAGAGCAGCUGCGCCCCCGCAGGUACCCAGUCCAGCUCCACCUCCUGGGGAGCAGCAAGGCCCUUUGUGACUUUCAAGUGGGCUUCCCUUGGUUGCUCCAGUCCAGACACAUCGCGAAUCAGAGAGCAAGAGGCAGGAAAGAGAGAGCAGCAGCAGGAGGAGUCCUGCCAAGCGAGGGGCUGUAGCUCCGCUUUGCAUGCGGAAGGUCGCAGGUUCGAUUCCCGAGUGCCUCGCUCUGUGAUGCUAUGCAGAGCCGCUGCCAAUCAGGGUUUAGGCAAUUUCAGGGGUGCCAACGUGAAUAAAAUAUUGGGGCGGGAGGGGGGAAACACCCAGGUAAGCCCCACCCUGCAUAAUCAUUCACAAGGUGCGGUGCGCACACACACCAUUUGAAUGGCAAUGUCCAUCAACUUGAGGAGGCAGCCCCCUCAAAUAUUUUAUUGAGGAGGGAGGCAAAGGGACAUUGGCCCUUAGGUGUUUGCUCCUAUAGACAAUGCUAUGAAGUGGAUUGACCCCAGUGGUCUGGGUUUGGGUUGGAUGGACCCAACUGGUCACCUGCAGAGCUCUGGGCAGUUCACAAGCUAAAAACAACAACGUAAAAAACAAAAAAUACAUCAAAAAAACAACAACCCUGAAAACAGUAACAACAAAAGCCAAGCCUGGAUAGUUCAGUUGGUGUGAUCAUGGUGCUGAUAAUGCCAAGGUUGCAAGUUCAAUCCGUAUAUAGGACAGCUGCAUAUUCCUGCAUUGCAGGGAUCAUCACUGACCACUGGUCAUCCCUGGUCUUGCUAGUUAGGGAUGAUGGCUGGAGACCCAAGUUUGGGAAACCCUGGCCUAGAUGAUUCUCAGGGUGCCUUCCAACUCUAUGGAUCUAUGAAUCUAAUCCCCUUCCCCUCCACCAGCACACCAAAGGCCCAUCUAGUCCAGCAUGUUGCAUCCUGCAGUGUCUCAACCAAUGACAAUGGGAAGCCUCCAAGCAGCACAGAGCAGCAAAAGCCUUCUUUCGCCACCUUACCCAAUAAUUGGCAAACUUCCUGAACUUGGAGGUGGUGCAGAACCUUCAUGGCUAGUAGUCAUUAAUAUGGGUGUACCCAGUCCCCCCUUUUAACUCCCAGCCCCCCCAAUAUUGAAGGUAUGAGACCCAUCUAGAACAUCAGAGACCAGGCUGAGACGUUUAUCUGACUCUCCCAGCCCUGCAAGAUACAAGUGAGUUGGAGACAUCUUGCUGGUCUUUGGGAGAGCCAUGUAAAUGGAAUGACUUGUCUUGGCAACAUUUAUUUCCUCCCCCCUCCAGCUGUCAUUUGAACAUUCUGCCAGAGGGCGAAUUCUGUGCGACUUCAAAGCCUACAUUGAUGAUUUCAUAUAGAAAUUGCACCAGCCUAAAGAUUUCCUCCUUUAAUAUUGCCCUUCCCUUGCCUCUUCUCAAAGAGGUUAGUUACCCAAGUGCAUUUAAGGGGUAAAGUCUCAUUUAAAUAGAUGGGAAUUGGUUUUCAGUAAGGAUUUUAGUCUGGGGUAGGAAGAGGAAAAUUAAAUAAAAGUGCAAGGGCGGGGAAUGGAAUUUGAGGAACUCCCGCUCUUUUGUCAUUUCAAAGUUUAGGCUCGCAAGGAUCCCCACUGCAAAAUGCAUUGCUAGAAGUCUUAUUUUAAGGGGUGUCUUCUUUAUUGAAAGUGUCAUUUGUUUAAGAACUUUAAAAAUCGCUAAACAUAAGAAAUAUCCAAAAAGUGUACAAAAUGCAAAUGCACAACACACACACAAAAAAGAAAAUCGAUGCAACAUACAAUAUCACCAAUUUGCAUUCCAAGUGUCCAGCUUUCUUCUGGCACAUUGCAGUCAUCCACAGACCAUAGAGCUUCCUUCUUCCCACAUUUCCCACCAUUUUGCAACUUAUCCAUGGUGCUUUACAUCAGAUUCCACGACAACCCUUCCUUUUCAGAAGGGGAAUCUAUAAAGCCUGUAAUGACGCAAAAGCUAUCGUUACCCAAAAGGGAGGAGGAAACAAUGAACCAAUAAAUCCCCGUCUUUAUUCUAGCAGACCGGUCUCUUCUCCAGAUCCAGAGUGGACCGACCACCCUCCCUCUGUCCCUUACUUACUUACUUACUUUACUUACUUACUUAGCGUUUAAACCGCUCUUCAUUCUAAAAAAACGACAGAGCGAUUUAGAAGAAACACAAUAAAGCAAUAAAAGUAUCAAAUCAGUUAUAACUCCCCCAUCACAAAUAAACAGUAGCGGUCCAUCACGUUCUGAGACCUUCUGUCCCCAAGCGUGUGUGGCCUGCUUUUGGCGACUCUGUCCUCUGAAACCAUCUUGGUGGUGACAAGGUGGAGACCCAAGCAUUCCUCCCCUUAUUUGGCAUGCAGAAAGUUUACAGACUGUCUAAACCCGAGCAAUGUCAAAGGUGUGUACAAAAUGCAAACACGCAGUCUAACAAAACAUGUGUUUAUUAUGCAGACACGCUGACGUGGUCGCAGAUCCAACCACUGCGACCUUCUCCCUUGUCUUGAAAUGGCUGCUGCCAACUUUCCUGGGGAAGGGGAGCGUGGAGAGUUGUAAACCCGGAUUCUCCCCCACCCCGCGCGCCCGACGCUCUUCCUAUGGGAUUCCCCACUCUUCUGUCCUGCUAGUUAGAGCACCGCCUCGGAGCUAAUAAACGCGCCUGAUUUCCUCUUGUUAGCUGUACCAGAGGCGGCGGCGGCGGCUCCAUUGUCUUCCAAGUUUGGAGGCCUGGGCCUUGCUCCUGUUUGGGACCAGCCAAGAGAACCUUCCUGGGCUCUGUCAGGGAUCGAUCGAUUCUUCCAAUUAAGUUAGAUGAUUUACAACUCUCUCAUCUGGAACUGUAACUUUCCUAACCCUCUGAGAACCCCGGAGUUGGGAGAUCGAACCCCAUUCUCAUUGUAGACACUGGGCGACAGAGGGAGGGAGUGCUGUCCGCAGCUGAAAACCUCGGCUGUAGCACCGCCCGUCUCAAGAAAAUAAAAUAAAAUCCAAUGAAAUCGAAGGAUUUGGGGGAAAGUGUCGUUUGGAUCACCCUGUCCCUAAAUCACGCCUCUCCCGUGAGGAUAUGAGGCAGCGACCCUCGCUAAUUAAUGGCAAUUGUGCACGGGGAGGACAUAUCCCGGUCCUUUCCCCGUCCUGUUUCAGUUCGCUUUGAAUGUCCAGAUUUAAUACUUUGGGGGAAAGUGUGGAAUGGUGGGGUGUGGGUGGGUUAGGAUUUCAGGAGGAGAGGGACCUUCAGGAAAAAGAAGAUCGUGAGCAGCUAAAGAUGUUCCACAAAUAGAGGAUAAUACCAAUUCGGGCAGGUCUCCCGCAGUGUGGGAACUGCGCGAUAAUAGCGAUUUGUGCGCCUCUUUCCCUCCGCGCCCCGCAAAAUUGGCACCUAGUCCUCUGCUGCCCCAGAGUGCCAAAGCAUUUCCCCUCCCUCCCCCGGCCGCUGCAAUGUUAAUACUCUCAGGCUUUGUAAAUUAGCCAGCCAGCCAGCCAACCUCCUCUCUUUCUUCUUUCUCUCCUUUUUGGACAGGAGAGAACUGCGAGGACAAAAGCCCCCCGGGCCCGGCUUCCAAGCGGGUCCGCACCGCCUAUACCAGCGCGCAGCUAGUGGAGCUGGAGAAGGAGUUCCACUUCAACCGCUAUCUGUGCCGCCCUCGCCGGGUGGAGAUGGCCAACCUGCUGAACCUGACGGAGCGCCAGAUCAAAAUCUGGUUCCAGAACCGGAGGAUGAAGUACAAAAAAGACCAAAAAGCGAAAGGAAUUAUGCACUCCCCGGUAGGGCAGUCCCCAGACCGGAGCCCGCCUUUGAGCGGGCCCAACCAUGUAGGAUACUCCAGCCAGCUGCCCACCGUCAACAGCUUGAGCUACGACGCCCCGUCGCCGACGUCCUUUGCCAAAUCGCAGCAAAACAUGUACGGGCUGGCGGCUUACACGGCGCCUCUCAGCAGCUGCUUGCCCCAGCAGAAGAGAUACCCAGGCGCCGAGUACGACCAUCACGCCAUGCAAAGCAACGGCGGCUUCGCCAACCCCAAUUUGCAGGGCAGCCCCGUCUAUGUCGGAGGGAACUUCGUUGAUUCCAUGCCAGCCUCUGGCCCCAUGUUCAACAUCGGCCACCUCUCCCAUCCUUCAUCUGCCAGCGUGGACUACAGCUGCGCUGCUCAGAUCCCAGGCAACCAUCACCAUGGACCUUGUGACCCCCAUCCCACGUACACAGAUCUCACUUCUCACCACACAUCUCAGGGAAGGAUUCAGGAGGCGCCCAAACUGACGCAUCUGUAG